UGGAUGGAGGGGUGCGUGUCCAUUUCCACCCAAUGGCGCGCGCUCCUCGUGACUGACGCGCGGUCAAGCCACGCCCACUCGUUUCUAUUCAUGAGGUGGGCGUCGACCACCCCGCGAGACGGUGGAAGUAUUGACAGCGCAGAUUAUCGCGGUUUCCAGCGAAGUUUAUAAGCAGUUGUGCCAACAGAGGAGGAAACUAACAAUCUGUGAGCAGCUGUACAUGUGGAGACAUUGCAGUCUUCGGUGUCCAGCCAGACCCACAGCGUCCAGACAAGUCUUCGCAACCGUCCGUGGAGGUCGCCAUGGCGUCGGACUGCGCGAGCUCGUAACGAGGAAAGGCGAGAAGGAUCCCUGGCAUGUAAAUAAAUCUCUGAUAUAUAUAUUUAUGGCCUGUAACAGUGUAACAGUGGAUAUGAUACGGUGAAAACGGUUCAGAGAACGGAAAAUACAAUUGACAUCUGUCAGCUCCAUCAUGUGCUCCCCAAACCAUAACGCUCUCCUGUCCUACGGUUUGAAGGUUCCAGCCCCUUCUCCCUAUUUUUCAGCGCUCAGCCCAACUACAUCUCAGCUUUCUGCUCUCGAGUUUCAGCGAUCUCAUUUAUGCGACUAUAGUACUCGGAUACAAUUGUCUCUGCGCGGUUACACCCAUGCGUUGGCCACAGGACUGUCUCCAUAUCAGGCGGCGGCCUACCUGGCUGACCCCUAUACCCAGACCUACUUUUACAAGACCGAUCCGCGGGCUCGAUUCGUACAAGAAGAACCUAAACCGUCUCAUUCCUACAUUGGACUUAUUGCCAUGGCCAUUCUUAGUUCCAAAGAGAAAAAACUGGUGUUGAGUGACAUUUAUCAGUGGAUUCUUGAUAACUAUCCCUACUUCCGUACAAGAGGCCCCGGGUGGCGCAAUUCCAUCCGCCAUAACCUGUCCCUCAACGACUGUUUUAUUAAAUCUGGUCGCUCAGCUAACGGGAAAGGACACUACUGGGCUGUACACCCCGCUAAUGUCGACGACUUCACUCGUGGUGAUUUUCGCAGACGUCGAGCCCAGCGGAAGGUGCGCAAACACAUGGGACUGUCUGUGCCGGAUGAUGACGAUGACAGUCCCAGCCCUUCACCGAACCCCAGCAGCUGGAGUCAUGGCAGCAACCAUGCUACGCCUCCCAAGUACAGAGAUGAUGUCAUGGACGAUGGGCGAUGGAAGAUAGAAACCAGAACGAGCCUGCAUCUGCUAACUACUGUUCACCACCCGAUGUGACGACGGUGGGAGAUGGUUGUCAAAAGCUGCUGCAGCAGUCUCGGGUGGGAUUUCUACCCUUGGUCGGCCGUAACACAAAUGUAAGCGCUGAAGGAGUUGAAGCUGUGCAUUCGGGUGUCAAGAAACGAUUGUUUGACAUGGACAGUCUCCUAGCCCCGGAUCUUCCUGUCGUUGUGCUUCCCAAAGUCAGACUUCUAUCAAACGCGACGACAUCCGGUUUACCUUCCCAAACCGUUCACAGCAAGAGCAAUGAUGUUCACUUGAGCACAGACUACAAUAACGGAGCGGGGGCAAUCGGCAAUCCAUGUGACAUUCAUAGUCAAGUGGCAGUGCACAAUGGCAACAUUCAUCCCAGUCAAGAAGAUAGCUCAGAGAGUGACAUUGAUAUCGAGACAGACGAUGUAGGUGAGACUGAUAUGAUGCACCCCCGACACCUGCAAUUCCAGCAGCCGCAUGUUAGUACCGGUAAUACCAUCCCAGAGAGAAUCAUGACAACGAAGUGGUCAUGUGUCCAGACGACGAAAUCGAUGCAAAGUCAGAUGAUUCUAACGAUACAUUUGUCCAGAACGGGUUUAAAAGUAAAGCGUCUAAUUUAAAAAACCUGACCACAUCAUCAGCUUCCAUAUCGCCCCCUGCUCGUCCACUCUCGCAUCAGCUCUGGACCUAUCGCCGUCAUCGGCAAACUCGUCGUUACCGACGACGCCAGGAUCAUCUCCCGCAUUGUCGUCGCUGUCACGGGAAGGUGGUGGUGGCUGCAUGCGCUGGGUUCCCCCGGGCUGGACCUGAGCCUGCACCGCUACAGUGCUUUUCACGCGGCCAACAUCGAAGGACUGCGCACCACCUUGUCGCACGCCGCGCCUCCAUUCCUGCAUCCCAUGGUGCAGGCUGCUCGCUUCUCCAUGGCCAUGGCUACCAAUGCUGCAAGUACCACCGCCGAUGUCAGCUCACACCACUUCAGUGGCUUCGCCGACAGCUGCAGUGACCGAGCUUAAUGUCAUUUUGACCAUGGCAUGUCUGAUUUGCUACUUUUCAUAGAGUGGUGUACCUGCUCUGGAACUUCCUUAAACGGAGUAUUUUGACUUUUUUUGGUGACGAACUCGAUACUGUGACUUAGAGUAAAUAAUCCUGUUUGAUAUCAUUAGCUUUUGCAGAACUAAAACCAUCUCAUCUAAUAAGAUAAAUCACAGAAAGUAUAAAUGUUCUAGAAUUGUUAUUUCAACAAUGAUGCUCCCAAACUUAUAUUCCAUCAAUCUACGCCAAACACAAAAUAUUGCAGUGCUUCUGGUUCUUCGUUAAAUGGUAAUUUUAUUCCCACAUAAAGGAAUGUUCUUGUACAUUGCGCCUACAAUAUACUCUGAGCUAUUUGUUUGGAAGGCAAGCACCGAAAAGAGUGACCUCCCGAACUGCAACCCUCCCUGCUGUGAACCUAAUCUCGAAGUGUGUCGAGUGUAGGGUAGUGGGUGAGUGCCACCCUCAGAAUGCGAUGUUUUAGAUGAUCACUAGAUAUCCUGGGUGUUGAUACGGACAAAGACUGAUAAUGUAUGGAAAAUAUGGGAGCACUU